GACGGCCCCUCUAUAAAUACCGCGCAGCCCCUUCGCCGGCUUCCAGUCAGCAGUCAGCUCAACGAGGAGCGGCCACUUCACACCACUGGACCCGUUACUUUCUCAUCCAAGUCUUUAGUCUAAUGGACACACUCUUCAUAAAUGCUUUUUAAGAAACCUCAGUCUAGGAAAAAGCACUACAGCCGCUCAACGGGCCUUGAGUCCUAUUUAAAGGGGGUUAACUUCACCGGUGAGCCACCUUGGCUUCUCUACAACUGAGAAACAGCAACUCUUAAUUCCAUCUCUUUAGUAUCCAAUUUACAAGUGACGAAAAGAACCGUGAUCAUGAACACUGCUGCACUCAAAGACAUGGAGUUCUCUUUCCUCGAGGAGGGUUUCUCUGCUCGGGAUAUUGUCGAGCAGAAGAUCAACGAGUCAUCCCUGACUGACGACAGGGAUGCUUUCUACGUGUGUGAUCUGGGGGACGUGCUGAAGAAGCACCUUCGCUGGGCGAGGGCUCUGCCUCGCGUCACUCCUUUCUACGCCGUCAAGUGCAACGACAGCCAAGCUGUGAUCAUGACCCUGGCGUCUCUUGGAACGGGCUUCGACUGUGCAAGCAAGACGGAGAUCCAGCUGGUCCAGUCUCUGGGAGUGGAUCCAAGCAGAAUUAUCUACGCCAACCCCUGCAAGCAGGUCUCUCAGAUAAAGUAUGCCUCUGCACAUGGGGUCCAGAUGAUGACCUUUGAUAGUGAAGUGGAACUCAAUAAAGUGGCCCGUUGCCAUGACAAUGCCAAACUGGUGUUGCGUAUCGCCACUGACGACUCGAAGGCCGUGUGCCGCUUGAGUGUGAAGUUUGGAGCUCCGUUAAAGUCCUGUCGAGGUCUCCUGGAGCGCGCCAAGGAGCUGGGGCUGGAUGUGAUCGGCGUCAGCUUCCACGUGGGCAGCGGCUGCACCGACGCAGACACCUACACCAAGGCCAUCGCAGACGCUCGCUGCGUCUUCGACAUGGGGGAGGAGCUCGGCUUCAGCAUGGAUCUCCUCGACAUCGGCGGUGGUUUUCCUGGUUCAGAAGACACCGAACUUAAAUUUGAAGAGAUCACAGCAGUAAUUAACCCCGCCCUCGACAAGUAUUUUCCUGUUGACGCCGGCGUGAAGAUCAUCGCUGAGCCCGGCCGCUUCUACGUGGCGUCUGCCUACACUCUGGUGGUGAACAUCAUUGCCAAGAAGGUCGUCAUGGAUGACGACGACUCCGUUUCUGACGAGGAAGAUGAAGGGACCAGCGACCGGACGCUAAUGUAUUACGUAAACGACGGGGUGUACGGAUCCUUCAACUGCAUUCUCUACGACCACGCUCACUGUUUCCCGGUGCUGCACAAGAAACCGAAGCCGGACGAGGUCAUGUACCCCUGCAGUAUCUGGGGCCCCACUUGUGACGGCCUGGACCGGAUCGUGGAGCAGUGUUUCCUGCCGGACAUGCAGGUGGGAGACUGGCUGGUGUUUGAGAACAUGGGUGCGUACACGGUAGCUGCAUCCUCCACCUUCAACGGCUUCCAGAGACCAGACAUCUUCUACGUCAUGUCCCGACCUGCCUGGCAAACUGUGCAGCAGGUCUUCUCCCAGGGCCUGUCCACUCCUUCAGAGGAGGCUUCCCUCUUGGAACUGCCGGCGUUCUGCGGCCGAGAGAGCAGCUUGGACAUGCCCUCCAACGCCUGCCACGCCCACAUGGUUUAAACAUUCUCCAGACUGAAGCUGCUUCGUUCAGCAGAUCUCCCAUCUUUUUCUUAAUUACUCAGUCUGCUUUUGUUUUCUCUUUUUUUUUUUUUCAUUUUCCCAAUGUCCGUGACCUUUUUCAACGAUAAUUACUUGACAGGAGAAUGAGAGGGAUGAGUUGCAGCAAGCUCUUCUGUGUUCUCUAUGGAAGCCGGGGAUCAGAGCUCUAAAGAAACGAGGUUAAAUCACCUUCCGUCUCUCUGGGUUGCAGGAACAGAGUUAUAAUCUGUACUUGAAACGCUGUCACGGCCUCCUGCCUUCACAACGGGGAGAAGAGCCACUAUCAUUAACUGGCUCAAUAUAGAAAAAUGAUAAAGGGCUUAAAGGGUUAACUGCUUCACUCAAGUUUUCCCGUCACACUAAGACUCACGACUACUGCGGUCCAGAAGUCUGUCGCCACGAUUACGGUGGAGACUAAAAUAAAGGCCUUGAUCCCGACUGAAGUCACGUCCCUCUCAACUCAGAGGUGGUUGGAGAUCCGAUUUAACUCCUCGACCGGCUGCUAUGUUCAUAUUUAUCUUUUCCCUGAUCUCCCCUUCAGUAAAGAACCUGGCUGGUGUUAAUCCUCAAGAUGUUAACAAGCAACACAAUUUAGUUUUUGUGAUUGUCGGUACACGACCGGCUCGUCACAACUGUUCUAGGUUCUCUGAAUGAGCCGAAAACGGACAAAUCUCAAGGAUUAACACCUAAAACACAGGGACUCAAAAAGCAGACUGCACUUCUCCUCUUCUCCUUAUUUCCUUUUUAAUGUAACUUUUAGAAUGAGAAGUUCUGUUUGUAAUAUUAACAAGACACGGGCGCAAUUUUAUGAUGCAUUUAAAGUGGAUAUUAAAGAGACGGGAUUGCACAUUCGUAUCGCUUUCCUAUGGAAACUUUCAUGUUUUGUAUGUUUGUCUUUUUUUGUACUAAAUAAAGCAUUAGGUAAAUAGCCA